GGGGCGCCUCCACCACCGCGGUGGAAACUUCCCCUCGCCGCCGGGCCGACGCGCGGCUGAAGCCCCCGGCGGGGAGGAGCGGAGCGGGGUUUCGCCCGCCUCGGGGGGCGCCUCGUCUAGUUUGGUUUUUGCUACGUUGGAAGGGCAAAAGCGAAUAAUACCGUUACCCGGCUUUAAACUUCCGCGCCCUGCUCUCCAGGACGCUCAUCCCGCCCGGCGGGGUGGACGAGCCGGUGGUGGUGCUCCUGGAAGUCGUGAGCUGGGGUCAGCUGGAAGAUGACCGAGUACAAGCUGGUGGUGGUGGGAGCAGGUGGUGUUGGGAAGAGUGCUUUGACGAUACAGCUAAUUCAGAACCAUUUUGUUGAUGAGUAUGACCCCACGAUAGAGGAUUCCUACAGAAAGCAAGUAGUCAUCGAUGGAGAGACCUGUUUGUUAGACAUCUUGGACACUGCAGGGCAGGAGGAGUACAGUGCCAUGAGAGACCAGUACAUGAGAACAGGGGAAGGAUUCCUGUGUGUCUUCGCCAUCAACAACACCAAGUCCUUUGAAGAUAUCCACCAGUACAGGGAGCAGAUCAAGAGGGUGAAAGACUCAGAUGAUGUUCCCAUGGUGCUGGUGGGGAAUAAAUGCGACCUCCCUGCGCGAACAGUGGAGACCCGGCAAGCGCAGGACCUGGCCCGGAGCUACGGGAUCCCCUACAUAGAAACGUCUGCCAAAACCAGACAGGGCGUUGAGGAUGCCUUCUACACUUUGGUGCGGGAGAUCCGGCAGCAUAAGCUGCGCAAGCUGAAUCCCCCGGAUGAGAGCGGCCCCGGCUGCAUGAACUGUAAAUGUGUGGUAUCGUGACUGUGGAAAGCUUCUUCCCAUGCUGCUGCUCUGAAAGGAGUUAAACUGGUGUUGAAGGUGUACAGAUCACUGCAUGCUCACCAGACGGGCUCUAGAAGGGUUCAGAUGAAGAGCUGGCUGUGUGCAUUGACUCCUAAUGCACUCACAUAAAUUGUCUCAUUCUAAAGCUUUAGAGCAGACCUGUCAUGCUGUGAAAAGUCCUGUGUUCCUCAGAAGAGUUUUCCUCAUCAGAUAAAUCCCCUGGGAUUUUUUGAACUGAUGCAAUGUUGAGAAUUAGCCAUAAGGGGGCUGUUUGCUUUUAUAAAUUGUGUGUGCUGGAGCCAGAAACAGUGUUUUUCAGAUUGUUUAUGUUCACUUGCCUGAUUUUCUUAUUUUUCUUUCCUCAGUUUUUUUUUUUUUUUUUUUUUUUUUUUUUUUUAAAUUAUGAGUUUAUUUAAAACACUGCUGGAUAGCAGUCAGGGAGAGUUCCUAUUAUUGUCCCUGCAUGUGCUGGCUGGCCUUAAGUGAAAGGCCUGGGAAUAUCUGUCUGUGUAACCAGCUCCUUCCAUGGCAGAAAUUUAGAGAGGGGUAACUGGGGAUGAGUCCACCAAGGACAUCUGGGACUGGGACAAAAGCAUGCAUGAACAUUGCCCUAAGGUCUUUUGGGGAGUCUCCCAAGCACUUGGACUGGCCCUUCAUCCCUUUAAGUAACUGCUGGAGUCCUAAAGAGAAGUGCAUUAUAUGCAGAGAUGGCGUUAAGAGGAUCUCCUGAAGAUGGACAGCAGGUUUCCUCUGACGCUUUUUGAGCUGGAGGCCGUGAGCACAGAAGAGCUCUUCCUCCUGCCCCCCACUCCCAAGAAAAAACAAAACAAAAGAGUGCUGGCAACCUUUGCUUCCUAUGAGCAAACACCCACCCCAGAACCCCACCCCUCUGCUCCCAGCUGAGGCGUGUGAGGUCAGCUGGGGGCCGAGCUGAAUGCUGUGCCCAGCACACUUAUCACUGUUAAGGGAGAUUUUCCAGAUGUUUGUGUCCUCCAGAUGUUCAGGAGCGUUUCCUCCGGAUGGGGAUAUGAGCUCAAGUCUUGUUUCCUGCUCUGGCUCACAGCUGACGGCAUGGGCUUGGCAGGCACUGCUGCUCCCUUACACCAGCUGCCAGGAGCCCAGUCUUUGUCACAGCCCAGUGGCAGCACCAGCUUGGGCAAGGCCUGGGAGAGGGUCACUUGGAAACACUCCUCUCUGUUAAGAGAACGUACCCUGAGAAUUGCCUGUGUCUUUUUCUGCUCAGGCAGAAACUGGAAACCAGACAUCCCAGCUUAAUCUAG